UGUCUUCUCCUUAAACCCUAGCCCAAUCCCCUUCCUUCCCCACUGCCCCCCGCCGCGAGAUUCUCCACGAUUCGGAGCUAAUCCGGCCUGGACCGGCGAUCCCUGCCCCGAUUCUCGGCUCUCCGCAGAUCUCGCGCGGCCAUCGCGGCGCCGGCGGCGGGAGGCGCGGGGCACUCAAGGCCCACCUUCAGGACCGCAUCCUCAACUACGGCGACGGCACCACCUCGCCCACGCUCUUCGUCUUCCUCGCCUGCAGCUACCUCGCGACCCACAGCUUUCGAGUCAACCACUAAUCAAUCCCCGAUUGGACGUCUUCACCAUCCCUGUUUUGGCUGCCAAAAAGUGAAGCAAGGGAACAAGCUCAACCCUUCCAGAGAACCAUGGCGUUUGCAGAGGCCCUCGCUCCCCUCCGAGCUCCUCAGCCGCAUCGCCGACUGCUUCCUGGCCACCAGUGACAUCGACUACUACAUUGACUUCCGUUCUGUCUGCCACAGCUGGCGCGAUGCCACCGAUGACCCCAAGAGUACACCUGAUCCUCGUUUCAGGCCCCGCCACUGGGUCACCGUUGACAGGGUCUUCUGUACCGGAACGUGCCUCUUUGUGAACACCGCCACGGGCCGCUUCGUCCACAAGGAGCUCCCGGUGCUCUGUAACUAUUACGUUACCGGUACCACUACGGAUGGUCUCCUUGUUUUGAAGGCCAAAACCUCCCCUCACGCGGUGUGUGUCCUCAAUCCUUUCACAGGCUACUUGAUUCCCUUCAGAGUGACCCUGCCUGAUGAAAUGACUCUGGAGGUUGCCUCUCUUUCCUCCGGUUCUUCACCCAGCCUUGCCCUGCUAUGCAACAGGUCACUUGUGGCGUACAUUGAUGAUCCCGACAGCUUGUUCCGCAGCUUACCUCGUAAGGUGUACAAGGCUGAUCCUUGCAGCGAAUGUUUCGCCAUGUAUGAGGACAGCCAUGCUUGCCCUUUGACUAGGUUGGCUGACAGAGGUAUCUAUGCUAAUGGUAAUAUUGCUGUGGCCCAAAUGGUCUUUAGUCUGGCCAGGUAUUUCAAUGCUGAUCCUGUGGAGAUGUCUGAUGAAAAAGAUACCCUGCUGUCUGAAGACGAAGCCGCAUGGAAUUUCUUGAUAGGAGAGGACAACCGUUUUUUCAUACAGGAGUCUGCUGGAGAAGUACUGAUCAUCAUUAAGCUAAAAGACGGCAUGGAGGUUUUCAAGGUGGACACUGGGAGAUAUAUAGUCAAGCAUCUGGAGAACAUCGGCAACCGUGCCAUCUUCCUUGGUGAUUAUAAGUGCAUGGUUGUUGCCGCUGAUAAGUUCCCUUCAGUUUGCGCCAAUUGUAUCUAUUACGUUAAAAGGCCAGACUUCUCCAAUGAUAUCAUCAAGUAUCACCUCGUGUCCGGGAGGGCAGAAAUAAUCUCUAAAGGAAGGUCUGUCGCUUCUGGUCCUUCCACAAUUAUUGAGCUCCUCCUGUACAAGAGUGUCGUCUUUCAUAGUUUGUAAUGGCUGUUGUUUUAUAUUUUAGCUUAAUUAUGUAACGACUUUGGAGGUUCGCACUUCUGCUCUGGCCGGUUUAAUGUUUUGGGCUUUCUGGAAUAUACUUUGGUUAGGUACAAUCCAAAAAUCGGUUAAUCUUUGCUCAGA